GCCAAGCACCUCCUACGACUGUGGUCUAACUAAUCACAACGCAAGACAGCAUGUCGAUUAACCGAGACUAUGGUAUAAGAACGAUGCUCCUUGAGAAGGCCUUCAAUUUGCACUGAGUUUGAAUGAAGAGUCCAACGUCACGAUGGCUCUCUGGUUGCGACUUUCCUUCCUGUCUUUGGUUAUUAUCCUCGGAAUGACCCAAGCCGACGAAUGCCCACCGUUCUGGACUCGUUUUCAGAAUAACUGCUACCGCUUCAUGGGCCACAAUACGACAUGGCAGGCCUCUGAAGACCACUGCCAGGAAUUCUUCACGCGUUACGGCCAAAGUCACCUUGCGUCAGUCCACAGCCAAGCCGAAUACAAGUUCCUGAUGACGAUGUGGAAGACAUCGGCUCGGCCACCCCAUUCAGCGUUAUGGCUUGGGGCUUCAAAAGUACACGACGAUUUUGUCUGGGCAGAUGGCACACAGUUUGACUACACCGCUUGGCACACUGGCGAACCCAACAACGCUAGAGGCCAGGAGAACUGCGUCGUUAGUUGGAUAGAUGACUGGAAUGACACCAUUUGCAGCCGCAGCCAUCCUCACAUCUGCAAAGUGGCUAUCGCGUAAAAUACUGUUCAAGUGUCAAAAUACCACGAAUAUGCGUGUACCUGCAAGGGAGGACUGCAAUGGCAAGUUUUUACUUCUUCGGGUCAUCUUGAAGAGUGAACAGCCACACCUCCUCGUAACUGGAUUCCCAUGGCCUUCUGAAAUAGGAACCUGAAAGCAGUCGUCUUUGUCAACUAUAUGUAAAAUCAAUUACGUGGCGUAUGAUGGUGAAGUAACUCAUAAUGCCAACUCGAUCAUACUGAAGACAAUUGAUUUUCAGAGCAGAAAAUUCAUGAAGCUGCAUCGGUGUUCUUGCAUGACGCUCUCCCAUUUGGUUCUGAGGUUAGAACUGUAAAGCAAUGUAUACUGGCUGGAAGACAAUUAUAACAAUACGUGUAUUAACUAAAAACAUUAUAACUUGGGAAAUUUAACAGAGGUUUCAUUUUGCGAGGACAAUCACAGGAAUAGAAUGAGUCACUCCAUGAAAGCAAAACUUACGGGGGGACUGUCGUGUCAACCUUAACACGUGUUGGUCGUGCUUCAGCUAGAGAAUGCUUUAGUGUUAAUGAACCUUCGCGUACGUUUGUGAAACCAAACUUUUUCGUGCCAAAUUAGGACUUGUGUGCUAGUUUAUGAUAUCGGUAUAUGGUAUUAGUUUAGGAGUUGUUUUGAAAAACUUCAUGGCAAGAUUCCUUUGAAUUCUACUGCUCUAAGAAAAAGUAGACUGAUCUUUCACCGCUUGUCUGACACAGUGAUAAUAAAUGAUAGACAUUUUCGAUAAUCUUUACUUUGAUAAUAAAAACUAUACUCUAAUAAAUGCGUCAUUGAGCAGUU